AUGUUUGAUCAGGCUACGACUAUGGGCGAUGGGAACCACCGCUGUGGACCCAACCCGCUGUGUCCGGACCGGAUGGAGGCAAAGUGCCGCGCCGAGAUAGGGAGCCGGUCCCCGGUUCAGAGCUCCACCGACACUCCGGGGACAUCAGCGUCCACACCGACGUCCUCCAGCGAAGACGGUCACGACAAACUUUUGGGAGUGGACCCUGACUACUGUCGAAGGAUAUUAGUAAGGGACGCCAAAGGCACCAUCCGGGAGAUCGUCCUGCCAAAGGGGCUCGACCUGGACCGGCCCAAACGCACGCGGACCUCCUUCACGGCAGAGCAGCUGUAUCGACUGGAGCUCGAGUUUCAGCGGUGCCAGUACGUCGUUGGGCGCGAGCGCACUGAGCUCGCGAGGCAGCUGAAUCUCUCCGAAACGCAGGUCAAGGUGUGGUUCCAAAAUCGACGGACCAAACAGAAGAAGGACACCACCAAGGACUCAGACAAACGCUCCUCGUCCUCGUCCGAAUCGUUGGCCACCUGCAACAUCCUGCGCCUCCUGGAGCAGGGGCGCCUCCUGUCGGGCCCCGUCCCGCCACCAAACCCUCUCCUUGGGCCUCCUCACCCGGCAAACGGCUCCCUGCUGGGCAGCCCUGGCGGAGGCUCCUCCAACUCCCCUGGCAUCAGCAGCAACACUCCUCCCAGCUCCCUACCAGGUGGGACUUUUGGGCUGUCGCUGCCCUCGCUGGGCGCCACUCCGCCCUCACCACGGCUGGGCGUUCCUCCACCGCACUCCCUCUGCUUCUCCAUGCCUCUGCUCGGGGGCGCACAUCAUGAACUGACAUCCGCCUACGGCUGCGGGUCCUCUGCUUUUGAGCCGUACAUGCGGCUGGACAGGAAGGAGUCAGAUCUUGGUGGGAAGAAGACGGUUUCUUAA